AUGGGUACCACUAGAGUUGGUGUUAGUGUUGUUUUCAGAUUUUUUCAAUUUGUUGCAAAUAUAGGAUGCUUUGCUACCAGUUUACAUACCGAUCCUUUAAAUGCUUUCAUAUUAACUGUUACAGUGUUAAAUUUUAUUUACAAUUGCUAUAUUUGGUUUGGUGUACCAAUAAUGGGGAUGAGAGCCUAUCAUGGAAUCUUGUUUAGUGGAGAGAUCUUGUUUUUCCUUUUGUACGUUGGAAGUUCUGUGUACCAACUUGUUUACCCUUAUAGCUACGAUUGGACUGCCAACGACUCUGAUAAUUUCAGUAUUGACAUUCGCGUGGUAAGUUGUUCCCUUGGUUUUAGCUGUGUUGGACUUUAUUAUAUUACGUUCAUAAUGUAUGUGUGUUGGGGGGUCAUCCCUGCUUCUUGGCAUGGAUUUUGCAAAAGAUUUUUUGAAAGACAACCAUUCAGAUUUGGAUGCAUAGUUUUUAAUGAUUCAAAUCUUGACAAUGAGUCCAAAAAUGAAAACGUCGAUUGUUUGGAGCAAACUCAGAAUUACCCAAUUAACAACUUUGAGGAAAAACAAAGUGAAAUUGUAAAUAAAGAUCCACUUGUUUUUUAA